CUCCUGGUUCCACAAUUUUUAGCGACAUAAUGAACCCAGCUGAUUACACAGGAGAUCCUGGUCCACCGGGGCCACCUGGCUUGCCAGGCAAUUCGGGGUCAAAGGGCAUGCCCGGUCUUCGUGGCCAGCCAGGGCCCAAGGGGCAAAAAGGCAGACCAGGCGUGCUGGGUCCUGUUGGCCCUGUUGGUCCCCCUGGGCCUCGCGGAGACCCUGGCAGACCUGGGCAACAAGGGAUGACUGGAGACCAAGGCCCCCCUGGAGAUCAAGGGCCACCAGGAGGUCAGGGUCUCUGCCCUUCAGACUUCGGUGGGUUUCUGAUUGUGGUGCACAGCCAGUCAACACAGAUACCUUCUUGUCCUCAAAAUACGUCAGCCCUUUGGCAAGGAUACAGCUUGCUUUUUCUGGAAGGUCAAGAAAAUUCUUACAGUCAAAAUCUUGGUCUAGCUGGCUCUUGUCUUCCAAUGUUUAGUACUCUGCCAUUUGCACAUUGCAGCUUUGAUGAAGUUUGCCACUAUGCUACUAGAAAUGACAAAUCCUAUUGGCUCUCGAGCACUGCACCUAUCCCCGUGAGUCCACUCACUGAACACGAGAUACGGUCUCACAUCAGCAGGUGCUCUGUCUGCGAGGCACCUAAUGUAGCUGUGGCCAUUCAUAGCCAGGAUCAGACUAUUCCCUCUUGCCCUUCAGGAUGGAGCAGCCUUUGGACUGGAUAUUCAUUCUUAAUGCAUACCGGUGCGGGUGCAGAAGGAGAUGGUCAGUCCCUAACAUCACCUGGGAGUUGUCUGAAAGAUUUUCGCAUGGUGCCUUUCAUUGAGUGCCAAGGAGCUCGUGGGACCUGCCAUUACUUUACUGAUAAAUACAGUUUCUGGCUGACAACUGUGGACCCAAGCCAGCCAUUUGGUCUUGGUGCCCCUUCAGAAACGCUGACGGCAGGGCAAUUACAAAGGGAAAAAGUGAGCAGAUGUCAAGUUUGUUUGAAAAAAUAAGGAAAUGGUAAAAAUUUUUACCAAAAAGGAAGGCUGCAAUUCAAGCCUAAUCUUUAAUGGUGCUUAUUUAAUUUCUUUCUAGUUCAUCUACAAUUAAAGCUAAUUAGAAAUGUAUGUCAGGAGAAUGUAAAAUUGGUACUGGGAGUAGCAUGCUUAUGACAAUCAAUUCAUUAAAAAAUGGAAUCUAUGGAGAUUAAGUUUUAUAUGAAAUGUACAGCUGCUUAUUGGCAUCAUCAGUGCAAUGUAACUUGUAUGUAAAAUUAUUUUUUUUAAUGUUGAAUUAUUUUUACCGUGUGAUCUUAGCAGAAAUUUAUGAAAUUAAGAUAAUGAGGUAAAUCGAAUGACGUUCACAAUCUGGGCAUUCAACAUAGUCUUGCAGAAAUUAUUAUAAUCAUUUCACAGUUAAAAUGAAUAACCCCCAGGAAACACACUCAGGCCUAUCUGAGCAGGGAAAGAGUGUGAUAGCUUUCUGAAAGCCAGAGCAAAUCAGGCUGUGCUGGUCUCAGUGAGUCACCUCCCUAUGUCCUUACUUCCAUGUAAGGUGUAAAUACACUGUUAGUUGGGAGCUAAAUACUACAAUUGCAGUUGAAUCAUUUUCAGGGAUAGAAGCUGAAAUAGCCAAAAGUUGUUGAAAACUGGAGAAGUGUUGAUAUGGAUAUAGGCAGAUAUGGGCAACACCACAAUUUGAUGAUGCAUCUUCUGAUGUGCAGCUGGGAAGAAGAAACAUGCUGCUGUAAUGAAGUUGUGGCUGGAAGUGGAUAACGAAUUAACAGUGACAUUGUGUCACAAUCUUAUCUUCGAUGCAGUAAGUGCUUUAAAACCAAAUCAAGUCAGGGAAGCCGGUGGGCACAAUAUUAUGCUCCUCAGCUGACUCCCAGUUCAACAUACUCCUUCAAAAGACUUCUUAACUUCUCAGGGCACCUCCCAUUAUUUCCCUGUGUACUUUUUUGCGUCUCUGGUUUUCCAGCCAUCUUGGUCACCUUCAUCAUGGUUAGCAGGGCGGUACUGUAGCACAGGGUUAGCACAAUGCUCUACGGUUCCAGCAACUCAAGUACAAUUCUCGCAGCUGCCUGACUGGAGUUUGUACAUUUUCCCCAUGACCGCAUGGGUUUCCUCUGGGUGAUCCAGUUUCCUCCCACAGUCCAAAGACGUACCGGUUGGUAGGUUAAUUGGUCAUUGUAAAUUGUCCCGUGAUUAGGCUGGGGUUAAAUCAGAGGUUACUGGGUGGCUCAAAGGGCUGGAAGGGCCUAUUCCAUGCUGUAUAAAUAAAUCUUGGAUAGCCAUCAUGACCAAAUGCAUCACACUUGUCAAUCAAAUUCAGGCCCUACUGUCAUAGAUCAACUCUUUAUCUUGUUGCAGGAGAGCACAGGGUGCUAGGGAGAGGAAGGGGACCUGCAGAUCCCCUAUUGACAACUACAGAACAAGAACGUGCACAAAAUGCUGGAGUAACUCAGCAUCUUUGGAAAUGAAUAAACAGCUGAUGUUUCAGGUCAAGAACCUUCAUCGGGGCUGGAAUGACAGGGGGAAGAUGCCAGAAUAAAAAAAACGUUGGAGGAAGGGGGAGGAGGACAAAUUAGAAGGUGCUAGGUGAAGCCCAGUGGGUGGGAAAGGUAAAGGGCUGGAAAAGGAGGAUUCUGAUAGGACAGGAUAGUGGACCAUGGAAGAAAGGGAAGAAGGACGGGCACCAGGGAGGAGGAGGUAAGAGACUAGAUUGGGGAAUAGAAGAAGAGGGAAGGGCAUGAGGAAAAAAAAGGAAAAAAAAUUACCGGAAGGAGACAUCGAUGUUUAUGCCAUUGGGUUGGAGGCUACCUCAACAGAAUAUAUAUUGGUCCUCCACCAUGAAAGUGGCCUCAUCAUGGUAGAAGAGGACAUGUUGGAACAGGAAUGGGGAUUGGAAUUAAAAUGGUUGGCCACCAAGAAAUUGGAGCUCAACAAAGUGCUCCCCACCAAUGUAGGGAAGGUUGUAUCGGGAGCACUGGAUACAAUAGGUGACCCAACAGAUUUGCAGCUUUUGCCUCACCUGGGAGGACUGUUUGGGGUCUGAACAGAAGUAAGAGAGGAGGUGAAUGGCCAGGUAUAGCAUUUCUGUCACAUGAGAAUCUCAUAGGUGAUGAAUCCUCAGUGAACCAGGUUCUUUCUGAGGGGGGCACUGGACUGUAUGCUUACAAGCAGAUACUGGCAAUAAUUACAGCUGUGGGAAGUCCAUAUUAGAGACACAGCCUUCUCCAUAUUUUGUAAUACUGGUCCCAAUUAUCAAAUUCUAGGGUCUUUUGAUGAAAGGAUUAUUAUUGAAGUCAGCAGAAAAUUGGUAAACACAAAAUACCCUGCAGAUGCUGGGAUCAAAGCAACACUCACAACACGCUGGAGAAACUCAGUAGGUCGGGCAGCAUCUGUGGAAAUGAUCAGUCAACGUUUCGGGCCAGAACCGAAACGUCGGUCCUGACAAAGGGUCCAAAACAUUGACUGAUCAUUUCCACGGAUGCUGCCCAACCUGCUGAGUUCCUCCAGCGUGUUGUGAGUGUAGCAGAAAAUUGGUGAAGGUAGGGCUAGCAAUCCAAAAGACCGUUAGACAAAGGAGCAGAAUUGGGGUAUUUGGCCUUUCAAGACUGCUUCACCAUUCAACCUUGGCUGAUUUAUUUUCGCUCACACCCCAUUCUCCUGUCUUCUCCCCAUAAUUUUUGAUGCCCUUACUAAUCAAGAACCUUUCAACCUCUGCUUUAAAUAUACCCAAUGACUUAGCCUCCACAGCCAUCUGUGGCAAUGAAUUCCAUAGAUUCACCACCCUUGGGCUAAAUAAAUUCCUCCUCAUCUCUUACUGUACUUCCUUCUACUCUGAGGCUGUGCCCUCUGUUCCUAGGCUCUCCCACCUUUGAAAUCCAAUGGUAAAUGAUUGCAGAAACAUUGAAAGAGUCCAAGGAGUACAUGUGUAAAGCAUGUCCAUAGAUAUACUAGAGAACUCCAUGGGAUUUUUAUAUCUUAAUAGCUGUACAAAAAAGGGAUAGAAAAUGUAGAAACCUUCAGAAAGUUAAGAAGUUAUUUGAAGUAUCACACACAACUUCUGUGGUUCCACUACUCACAUGCCAGCCUCUGAGUCAUGUCUCUCACUUUUCUACACUGGCUGUACUCUCUGUCCUGAUGCAAGGCCAUGACCUGAAAUACUGACCAUCUUUUUGCUCCUAUAGGUGGUCCCUGACCUGUUGAGUUCAGUUUAUUUUUUCUGCUCCAGAUUCCAGCAUCAGAGGAUGUGACAUCCUCAGUUUCACAAGCGUUGCUACUUUUGAAAGCAGAACCUCUGCCUCUUUAUCUGGUUACGUGGGUAGUGCCUCUGGCAGCUUCACUCUGUUCAUGUUUUCCCAGAAAUGCUGCUGAUGUUGACCCAAUGUGGUCCAAUAUCUGGUAGCCACUACUUUGCCUAUCCUGAAAUAAUUCAUUGCUCUGAAGAGAACAAAUCAAUCUGAUUACGCUGCUCAAACUCUUUCCCAGCAGAAGGUGAGGAAGCAGCUGUGAGCUCUGUAAUAGCAAUACUCUGUUGGAAAGCUGAUUUUCGUUAAGCCCAUGAACUGUUCUUCAGCCCUCUGUCGAGUUUCAGGAUAUCUGGGAAACCCAUGCACGUCCCGAUGAAAAUGUUGCUGAAAUUCUCUUAUUUAAAUACUCUACAUAACUACUAUUCUCUCUGAAGAGAGUUGAACGCACACUUUGAAGAAUAUCUGAGUUAAACCCAAAAGGUGGCAUUUAAUCAUUUCAUUGAUUAACAAGUAUUACCAUUAACAUCCCCCAUCUAAGUGUGAAAUGUUACUGCAACUAUGUCAUCAUAUGAAUGCAACCUAUUAAUGAUAAAUUAUUGUAAUUGUAUCAUUAUGUAUAUGGUAAACAUUCCAAACACUAAAGCAGUAUACCUUUGUGGUAAACCAUAUAUAUAUGUUGUAACUGGGAUAACUGUCUGGACACGCCCCUCUGCUGACUGCCCCUGUGGCUCCUCCCACAGAUUCCUGUAUAAAGGUGUUUCGCCUUGCCCCUCUCCCUCAGUCCGGGGCAGACACUCACCGUGGAGGUCAUAUUGUACAGUGAAUAAAAGCCUUUCAGUAUUU